GGAAUGUUUUUCUGAGCAUUGCAUGGGGUUAUGAGAUGAGCGUACUAUCUUUUUAUGUUUUAGAACAUCCAAAAUCAAGGACUGCAGAAUGAGACAUCAAUCUAUUUCAUAUAUUACAUAAAAAUGUCAAAAGAAUUUUAUUUCUUUAAAAGAGCGGUGCAGAAUAGACUGGAAGAUGAUACAUUUUUGACAUUGUGCGAACUUGUAGAGUCCUGGACUCAAAAUGACUUGAUGGCAAUCUUCUUUAUAAUUUUCCUAGGAAUUAUUUUUGAGAUCAUCCUCAUAAAGAUUUAUACAUUCUUUCAUAAGAAGCCUGCACUUCCAGAAAAGGGUAGUUCAGGUGCCCAGGAGAAGAAAGACAGUUGCCUGAAAAGCCUGGAAUUUGAUAACUGGUCAUUUCAUCCAUCUUCAUCUUCGGAAAAAAGAUUCAGAGUUGAUGACUUUUCAGAAAGAACAGUGACUUCAUCACUUACAACUGAAGACAGUGAAGGCAACUUUGAAGAUAGAGUUUCACUAGCAGAUAAAGUACUAUGGUCAAGUGCCAGUGAAAGUAAACAUCAAGAGAGGAGUAGAGACAUGGAGAUCCUCUUUCCAUCGCACACCAAUGACUGAGGAUGAGUUGAAGGAAAUGGAGCCUAUAAAUGAGACUGGCAGAGGACCAGAGCAUUGGGAGGGCAUCGAGGGAGAGAGUGUUCUUAAACAGCAGUGAGGGGUCAAUAAUG